AUGCAGACUGCUUCUAAAAACAUUUGUGAAAGAAUAGGUCGCUCUCAGGAGCUCAGUGAAUUUAAGCGUGGUACCGUGAUAAUCUGCCACCUGUGCAAUAGGUCCAUCCAUGAAAUUUACUUGCUACUAAAUAUUCCAUCGUCAACUGCUAGUGGUAGUAAAACAAAGUGGAAGCAACUGGGAACAACAGCAACUCAGCAAUGAAGUGCGCGGGGUGAGCGAAUGCUGAUGCACACAGUGCGCAGAAGUCGCCAACUGUCAGCAAUAGCUAAAGACCUCCAAACGUUGUGUGGCCUUCAGAUUAGCACAACAACUGUGCAUAGAGAGCUUCAUAGAAUGGGCUUCCAUGGCCAA